GUAGCUAGAUCUCCAAUAGCUGAUAUUAAAUUUGUUGAUAUUAGUUACAAAAAAGGGUACAGAAGAACAUAGGAAGAGGAGAAGAAUCCACUCUUUCUUCAAGAGCGUGUGGAAGGCUAUGAAAAAGCCUUUCUGCUGCCAGAACAAAGUGGAGCCUUUUGUGCCUCCACCAGAACUGGAUGAUCCUGAGCUGUCACCUGUCCCAGAGCCUUCAGACUGCGUCCCAACUAAUGAAUCCAUUAGCACUCGCUAUAUAGUGCAAAAUAUUAUUGGAGAAGGAGGCUAUGGCAAAGUGUAUGAGGGAAUCCGUAUUUCCGAUGGCAAAAAGGUUGCCAUCAAACGUAUUAAAAAAACUGUACGGGAUCAUUAUCUUCAAACUACUGUACAUCCCAAACCUCUCAUUACUGAAGUUGCGCUGAUGCUAACGAUGAGGCAAGGACCCAUAAGCCCCUAUGUCAUCCAACUAUAUGAGUGGUUUGAGCACCCUCAAGUAUUCACUCUCGUGAUGGAGAAUCCGGAUCCCUGCGAGAGCUUAUUGGACUUCAUCAACAAUAACCCUAACAUGAAUGAGACAACAGCACGGCUCAUCAUGUGUCAGGCGGUGCAAGCAGUACAGCACUGCAUUGAGUGCGGUGUUUUUCAUAAUGAUAUUCAUCCAGACAAUAUCCUGUUGAGAAAACACACUUUGGAGCUCAAGUUAAUAGACUUUGGCUGUGGUCAUCUUAUUAGUAGUAAUGGCUAUGAUCGCAGUCAAUAUAGAGGAAUACAGGCUUACUUCCCACCUGAGCUCUUCACCUGUGGCAGAUUCUACGCCAUCUCUACAAACGUCUGGGCUCUAGGAGUGUUGUUGUAUGAGAUGGUGAACACGUGUUCUCCAUUUUGCAAUAUAACUGAAAUCACACAAGCUGAAAUUAGGUUUGAAAACCCAGAUUUAUCCAAAGGUUGCGUUGCGGCACAAGGCAUUGAGCAGCCAAGACGUUUGCAAGCCUCUAAACUGGGUAAUAAUGUCACUAUUGAGUGCUACUUACCCAAUAAAGAUUUUAACAAUAUGAUGUGGUACAAGCAGGAGAUAGGAAUGAAGCUUCAAAUCAUUUCAAAAAGUUACAUUUACCUGACGAAGGUUGAAUUUACUGAUGGAUAUAAUGAUGGUCGUUUUAAUGUAACUACAGGCAAAGGCAUUUAUCAUUUAAAUAUUUCCUUGACAAAAAAGGAAGAUAUAGCAACAUACUUUUGUGGAGUGAUAACUUUAGGAGAACUGUCUUUUGGACCUGGAACAUUUUUGAUGCUGUACGAAGAGCACAACUCAACAAUGGUUCUGCAGAAUCCUAUUUCAGAUAAAGUUCACAUUGGAGACAACAUUACGCUCACAUGUAGAGUCCAAACGGUAGAUGAGAAAUGUGAAGGAGGACACCAUGCUUACUGGUUCAGAGAGGCUGCAGAAGAAUCCAGUCCUGUCAUCAUUUACACUGAUGGAGAUGUGAGGAAACAUGGAGAGAUCUGUAAAAAUGAUUCUGCUAAACAAUCCUGCGUUCACACCCUUACAAAGAGGAACCUCAGCCUUUCUGAUGCUGGUACUUAUUACUGUGCUGUUCUCGUGUGCGGCAAGAUCAUGUUUGGAAUUGGAACUAAUCUGGAAUUCAGCUCAACACCCGAUAGCAAGUUGACAACUAGUCCUUUGUUUCUACUAUUGGUGUCAUCAAACAUCAUUUCUAUGAUAAUAAUGAUCUUCCUCGUGACUGUGCAAUGGAAAGACCGAGGCAGCUCAUCAGUCAACAGAUCACAUUAUCAAGAGACAGCUGAAAGUAUUCAGGUUGGAGGUACAGAUGUAUUGACUUACACAUCUGUGAGUUUCAGCAGUAAACCACGUCCCUCUAGAGGUGCUAAACAACACAACAUUUCCCAGCAUACCGAUGUCUAUUCACGGAUCAGGUCUUAACAGAAGAACCUGAACCUGUUUUCUGUACUUUAAUGAUCCAAAUGUGCCAGUACAUAAAU